AUGGUCGUGUCCUUUAACCGGUAUCUGCCGGUAAUUCUGCCGGAGGUCGACGACAGCGAGCCCGGCGGCGCCGUCGCCGCGAGCGACGUCGGGCCGCCCGACGUCAAGCAGCGCGGCCCGUACACCGUGGAUGAGACCUGCAGCGUCGCGAGGAGCUGCUCGAUCACCUCCGUGACGACGCCAGCGGACACGGUGACGACGUCGGCGGUCACGGUGCCGCUGUGCGUCCUGGGCGAGGUGCAGCUGCGCUUCCUCUGCCCCAAAGACCUGGACGAGGUGCGCGCGCUCUGCCAAGACUGGUUUCCCAUAGAUUAUCCUUAUUCAUGGUACGAAGACAUUACGAGUUCGUCGAGGUUUUAUGCGCUCGCAGCAGUAUACGGUAGAGUAAUAAUAGGACUGAUCGUCGCGGAGAUAAAACCUUACGCCAGAUUGAACAAGGAGGAUCGCGGCAUUCUCUGCUCCAGCUUGGGAAAGAAUUGUCUGGUGGGUUAUAUACUUAGCUUAGGGGUACGUCGAGCGUACAGGAGAAACGGCAUAGCCUCGUUGCUGUUGGAACAGCUGCUCGCCCACGUCACCGCUCCCGAACGUUCCUCCGUAAAGGCAGUCUUCCUACACGUGCUCUCCAGCAACGCGCCCGCUAUACUGUUCUAUCAGAGAUGCCACUUUCGUCUGCACAGCUUUCUUCCGUAUUACUACUCGAUUCGGGGAAAAUGUAAGGACGGUUUCACGUACGUACUAUACGUUAACGGCGGACACGCGCCGUGGGGCAUAUGGGACUGGGUCCGUCACCUGGCCGGCGCGAUGACCAGCCUCGUGCCGUGCAGGGUGCCACGAUGGAUCUGGCAGCGUCUCUUGUGGGCAACCACCAUUCUCUCGUACCACAGAUGAUACAUUAUUAUGUUAGAUAAUAAUACAAUUUGUGAUUUAUUAUGUUCCGUUAUAUGUUGGAUUGGAAGGAAAGCAAUGUCGUAUUUUUAGCUCGAAAUUGAAGCAAAUUUAUUAAUAUUUAUUAAUAUUCAAAGACUUUAAUCAGUAAUUAUGACCGUUUUUUUUAUAUUCUUUAAAAUAAUCCGAGAUAAAAUAUCCAUAUUGAAUAAUACUCUGGAGUAUUGCUAAUACGUGGACGCGCGUCAUCUUAGCCAGAAACGAAAUAAAACGAAUGGACUGUCGAAAGUCGAAGCAGAGUUCGCUCUCGCAUUUACCUGUAUCAUACGUGAUGUCGCAUUCUUUUUGUAACUUUUUGUAAGCUCGAAUGCGAUGAGUAAUUUCACGCUGUGCAAUUCGCAAUCUCUUGUGUAUAUCUGGUGUCGUAUUUUUUUUUCCUUUUCGGAAAUUAAACAGCGAAAAUACAGCUGUUUCGCUACAUUUUUCUUUCGAUUUCAAAUGAAUACAAACGCUUUAUAUGAUUUCCGUACACUAAAUGAAGCUUUUAGAAGUAUUAGCUGUCAUAAUAAUAUACAUUUACGACAUUUGGACUGAAGUUUUCUUCUAAUAAAACACAAUACAAUAGUCGCCUAUUUGAGAAACCACGACAUUACUUUCCUUCCAACCCGAUAUUUAUUUUUCUUUUUUGAGUCUAGAGAAGUUAUACGCGUGUAAAGUGCCAUAAGUUGAUUAACGUUAUGACAGACUCAAGUAGAUAGCCAUGGCGUGGCCAUAUAUGAUUUUAUUACAUAGUCCUCUGCUAAUGCAAAAUUAGAAAUGGACAUUCAUCUACAAAUCGACAUAACGCGAACAGAUGUUUAAAUUCGUCUAAAGUUUGGGCAGCAAGGCUUCAGAGUAUCUUAGCAUGGCUUUUGUUACCAAGGAUUGCUAGUUGUUAAACACAUACCGUUAUUACAAUUAUACUAUUGUAAUAGUUCGAGAUAUGUAACUGCCAAAAAUAAUUAAGUUGAAAUAUUGUGCACAUUAGAAUCUAAUAUAUCUUCCAUGUUGUUUUUAAAGAUUGUAAUACUAAACCAUUGUUAAUUUUAAUAUAAGCACAAACCUCAAGAUAAUUACAUUUGACUAUUUUUUUUAUAUUUAAAGAUACGUGUACUGUAAUUUUAUCUAAUUGAGAUAUAUAUGUCGUAAAUUUUCCGUAAUUUUAUCUUUAAAUUAAUUUUUAUUGUAUAGAUUUCGAAAAUCGAAUAGCACACAAAUUAUCUUUUAAGCAAGAAUGAUUUAAAAGACUGCAUCAUUGCGAUUCAUACUUUGUAUACCUCUGCUGCCAUCGACUGUAUAAUAUAUGUAUAAACUGUGUACAUAUUUUGUAUAUUAAAUAAAUACUUAAUAUAUUAACAUGAAA